GCGGCGGCCACCGGGAUGCGGCGGGGAGCGGGUCCGGGGCGGCGAUGGGCGCUGCUGUGGGCGCUGCUGUGGGCGCUGUGCUGCGCCUCGGAGGGCAGCAGUGGCGGCGGGCGGAGAAGGGCCGCCAGCCUGGGCGAGAUGCUGCGGGAGGUGGAGGCGCUGAUGGAGGACACGCAGCACAAGCUGCGCAACGCGGUGCAGGAGAUGGAAGCUGAAGAGGAAGGGGCAAAAAAACUGUCAGAAGUAAACUUUGAAAACUUACCUCCCAACUACCAUAAUGAGUCCGACAAGGAAACCAGAAUUGGUAACAGAACUGUUCAGACUCAUCAAGAAAUUGAUAAGGUUACAGAUAAUAAAACUGGAUCAACAGUUUUUUCUGAAACAGUUAUUACAUCUAUAAGAGAUGGAGAAAACAAAAGAAAUCAUGAGUGUAUCAUCGAUGAAGACUGUGAAACAGGGAAAUAUUGCCAGUUCUCCACCUUUGAAUACAAAUGUCAGCUCUGCAAAACACAGCAUACACCCUGCUCCCGGGACGUUGAAUGCUGCGGAGACCAGCUCUGCGUUUGGGGCGAGUGCAGGAAAUCCACUUCAAAAGGAGAGAACGGCACCAUUUGUGAGAACCAACACGAUUGCAACCCUGGAAUGUGCUGUGCUUUUCAGAAAGAGCUGCUGUUCCCUGUGUGCACGCCCUUACCUGAGGAAGGUGAACCCUGCCAUGAUCCCUCCAACAGACUUCUCAACCUCAUCACCUGGGACCUGGAACCCGAUGGAGUGCUCGAGCAGUGCCCAUGUGCAAGUGGCUUGAUCUGCCAGCCUCAGAGCCACAGCCCUACAUCUGUGUGUGAACCGUCUGCCAAUGAAACCCGGAAUAAUGAAAAAGAAGAUCCCUUAAUCAUGGAUGAGAUGCCAUUUCUCAGCUUAAUCCCCAGAGAUAUUCUUUCUGAUUAUGAAGAAAGCAGUGUCAUCCAGGAAGUGCGUAGAGAAUUAGAAAGUCUGGAGGAGCAAGCAGGUUUGAAGCCUGAGCCUGACUCAGCUCAGGACCUGGUUUUGGGAGAUGAAAUUUAAAGUCCAAGCACCAGGCAGUUUAGUUAGUCAUUUCUAGCAAUUUUUUGUCUAGUGUCUUGCUUAUAUAAACCCUAAACACACACUGCUGGAUAGAAGUGCAAUAAACAAGGUCUUCAAUGAAAAUACUUCUCUGUGCACCAAACCUGCAUGUUACAAUUACUGUUGAAUUCAUUCAGUCCUUGGACCAAACCCGUCAAAUGAGAAGUGUUUCUUCUGGAUUAGUUUUUUCCCCCGUGUACAUCAGAAAUAAACUUAUUAGUACUUAUACUCAUUAAAAAAUACACAUGAGCGUAAA